GAAGAAGAAGUAGAAACAGAAGGUGCCAUAGCAGAUGAGCUCAAUCUAGAGCCAGAACAGUCAGAUGUAGCAGAAACUCUGAAUCCAGUUCCCAUUAUACAAACCAGUUUAGGAAUGGUGGCCCCUGAUUGGUUACCUGAUUCAGAAGCUCUGAACUGUAUGCAAUGUCAAGCUAGAUUUACAUUUACUAAAAGAAGGCAUCAUUGUAGGGCUUGUGGAAAGAUAUUCUGUUCACUGUGCUGUAGUAUGAAAAGUAAACUAGUGUAUAUGGAGAAUAAAGAGGCAAGAGUUUGUUUAUCUUGUCAUCAAAUUUUACAAGCAGGUAAGCUUUACUUUCAUUUUAUACUUCUAUUCUCGGAGAAAUCAGACUCAUACAACCCGCAUCCGAAUAAUCCUAGCGACUACUGUUCAACUGUUCCUAUAUCACAGCAACUCAAUCCUCCAAACUCCAACCCUACUGUUCUUGUACCUUCAGGAGUUCUCAAACGUGAUGGUACUCAGAGACGCAGUGCCGAGCCAAAACAAGUAAUGUUCAGUGAUGGAAUCCGACCAGGAGGAGAUCUUACCGAGUUGGAUGGUUCUAAUGAUACAUCUUUACCGUUUAGACGGACUGGUAGAAUACAGAAAAAAGUUGAAAAACAAGGUGGGCAAUCAUCACCUAAAACCAGACGCGUCCGAAAUACCAAUAAUCAACGAAACUUGAUACCUGAUGAUGGUUUACCUCCCCUUUAUACCAAAAUAGAGGGAACUUCAGAUAUAUUAUUAUAUUUUCUAGAUGAAGAGUCUGAGCCUGUGAUAUUUGCUGUAAAUAAAAAUCUCUUUAUUUUAGUUAAGAUGUUAAACCUGGAUUGUUGUGUGAAACGAUCUGUGUGGUGUUUUACAUCUCGUGGUAUGUGUACUGUAGGACAGAAUGAAAUAAUUAUAUUACUGGAGGUAGUAGAGGAUGAGUUAUCUCCCCCUAGAGAUAUCUUCAUGCAGUAUAGUAAUAUUUAUGAGGAAGCCAGUAAAGGAAAUGUGAUAAAUGACCUAGGUUAUUCAAUAUUUAAUCAGAAUUUUCUGGGAAAUCGAGAGCAUGGUGGAUUUCUGUAUAUCACACCAACAUUCCAAUGUCUUCAGAAACUAAUUCUACCAGAACCACCGUAUUUAAUAGGUAUAUUAUUACAGAAAUGGGAGACACCAUGGGCUAAAGUCUUCCCUCUUAGAUUGUUGUUACGACUCGGAGCAGAAUUUAGAUAUUAUCCAUGUCCGCUAGUGAGUAUAAGAAAUAGAAAACCAGUAUUCUUUGAAAUUGGUCAUACUAUUAUGAAUCUACUGGCAGAUUUCAGAAACUAUCAAUAUAUGUUACCCCAGAAUCGUGGUGUAUUUAUACAUAUGGAAGAUAAGAAAACAGUUAUCAGUUUCCCUAGGAAUAGAUAUGAUGAUCUGAUGAAGGUAGUCAACAACAGUAAUGAACAUGUCAUGGCUCUUGGAGCCAGUUUCUCAACUGAAGCUGAUUCUCAUCUAGUUUGUAUCCAAUCAGAAGAGGGCAAUUAUCAGACGCAAGCUAUCAAUAUACAGAAUAAAGUUAGAAAAGUUACUGGAGCUAGUUUUGUGGUAUUUAAUGGAGCAUUAAAACCCAGUUCAGGAUUGACAGCCAAGUCUAGUAUAGUAGAGGAUGGAUUGAUGGUACAGAUAACACUAGAGUCUAUGAACGCUUUAAAAGAAGCUAUAAAGAAUAUGUUAGACUAUACUAUAGCAUGUGGUUCUAUGACAUCACCCCAGCCUGAGGAACUGAUCUGUAUACAGUGGGUAGAAGAGGAUAGAAUUGUCAAUAUGGGAGUAAAGAGUCCAAUAGAUGGAAUGUCGAUGAGUUCAGUUGAGAGUAUACGAGUUCAUAAAGCUACAGAUUAUGUUGGUGAAAACAGAUCAAUACGCUGGACUGAGGUCUUCUUUAUACAGAAUGAAGAUACAGGAUCACGAUGGGAACCAGUAGAUCUUAGUCGUCUGGGUGAAAUGUUAGCCUCAUCAUUCUGUAUCGCCAUGACACCACAUUUAGACAGGUUGAAAGAGGCCUCGUUAACUAAACUCGGGUUGAGAGUUAGAUUAGAUUCAGAAAGUGUCGGAUAUGAAAUUGGCGGAAACAACGAAAAAUUACCAGAUUUUUACAUGAAUGACCUAGAUAGCGCUUUGAUUCCUGUUAUUCAUGGAGCUGCUUCUCAAAAUCAGGAUGGACCAAUUGUUAUGGAGCUUAUAUUUCAUGUUCUGGAUUGAACCAAUCAAAAUCAUUAUAACAUAGUGUGAAAUCAUCCAAUAGAGUUAUGUUAUACUGUCCAUUUCAUCCAAUCAAAUCUGUCCUCUAUCACUUAUCAUCCAUGGAACAUAUUUUUGAAUUGUCUUGAAAAAUGAAAUGUGGUGAUUUUAUAGCUGAUAAUACAUCGUAGAACAGUUCCCUGUUGUUAUGAAGUUAUGCAAUUGAAUUGAAUAAUCCAUGAAGUCCAUUCAGCUCAACUGAUUUGACAUGAUUGUAUGAACAGCAUUAUCACUAGAAUGAACUGUGGGAAAUAUGAAUGUGACAUCUGAAUGAAAGAGUAGCUGAUAAAACAGUCAAU